AUGGGCGACCCACUGGAGGUCAGUGACAUUUACCAGGAGGUCAAUGGGUCAUGGGGGAGUAAUGACUGCCGUCUGCGGUUCGGUAGACAGAGUGUGGUGUAUAACAGCAGUAAGACAGGGAAGGUGGACAGCAUCCCAUCUGUGGAACUGUCUCAGGCCCAGUGGAGACGUGUAUGUCUGGGACAGGGCAUCAAGUUGACCACCAGCACUGGGCACAUCUACAAAUAUGACGGCUUCAGAGACACAGAAUUUGAGAAGAUAUCUGAGUACUUCAAAGCCCACUACAAAGUGGAGCUGCCAGAGAAAGAAUUGUGUGAAAGGGGGUUGGAACUGGGGCACCGACAAAACCCGUGGAGGUGGGGGGGGCUGUGUGUGAGCGUGUGUCUGGUAUAG